AUGGAAGUUGGGAGCGAGCUCCUGGGUCGCAACCCCGAGAGGAGAUUGGAACCAGAUGCGGUGCUCGCUGGGGGAGGGGGGACACUGGUGGCAAUAGGUGGCGCAAACUGCUUGAGGAGGAGGGACGCCGGCCUACUAAAUCAGUUACAAGAGCUAGAUAAGCAAAUAAGUGACCUCCGCCUGGACGUGGAAAAAACGACUGAUGAACACCUUGAGACAGACAGUCGUCCAAGUUCAGGGUUUUAUGAGCUGAGUGAUGGAGCUUCUGGAUCGCUCUCCAAUUCAUCUAACUCUGUCUUCAGUGAGUGUUUAUCCAGUUGCCAUUCUAGCACUUGCUUUUGCAGCCCUUUGGAGGCAACACUGAAUAUCUCAGAUGGACGCCCUAAAUCUGCAGAUCUCAUAGGCUGGAUGGACUAUAAUAAGGAAGGCCAGCAUGAGGACCAGACCACAGGCUCUGUCUGUCGCUCUUUGUCCACACCGCACUCAAAUUCCCUCGAUGUCGUUGCAGAUGUACAUCCAAAGUACCAGUGCGAUCUGGUGUCUAAAAACGGGAACGACGUCUACCGGUACCCCAGCCCACUCCAUGCGGUAGCUGUGCAGAGUCCCAUGUUUCUUCUCCCCGUGACUGAAAACCCCCAGCGAGAAGAGGAGAGGCUUGGUUGUGAUAUUAGCGACGUUUGCGCCGGAUCUGAAACGGACUCGGGAAAAUCCAACAAUGCCUUUCUCCCGCAAGGCUCCUGGCCAGCGCCGUGCCCUUCCACCAGCAAGAGGAUAGAUGGUUACAUCUUAAGCCUGGUUCAGAAAAAGACUCAUGCGGUAAGGACUAACAAACCGAGGACGAGUCUCAACGCCGAUCCCACCAAAGGGAUCUUGAGGCAUGGAAGCAUGUGUGUCAGGCAGCCUGCCGGGGUGGUGGCUCACGGUAACAUCGUGAACCUGAAGAGCUCCAAGCAAGCAUGCUUACCUUCUGGUGGGACCACCGCUCUGGACCACACGGCACCCUCCCCGUUAAAGCAGAGGCCGAGGGAGCCGGCUGGCGAGCAGCUGGAGAGUAGGAAGGCACCUUUGUCGGCAGCUUUCCUGCCUGGUGCAGCGAGCGAACUUCAGAGCAAGCACCUUUCACGGGGUGUCAAACCAGCGCCUCCGGAGCAUAACCGCAACACAGUGGUCGCGGUGGGGGACAUCCCCAAGGAGAACAGCCAGCUCUUUGCCGUGUCUCCCAAAGAGAGCCCGGGGAAGACUGUGGCGUUGCAGCCGGAGAACAGGGCAGCUCGCUCCUCGUCGCCUGCCGUCGAGGAGAGGCCCAGUCUGGAUUUCAAAAGCGAGGGCUCUUCCUCCCAGAGCCUGGAUGACGGGUUGCUCGUGAACGCCCAGUACAUACCGGCCCAGCAGCAAAGCGUGAAGCUUCACAAAGGCACCCGAAACGUCAAGAUUUUGAAAAGCUCUGUGCUGAAACACAGGCCCCACCUUGCCAACGGGCUGGAAAACAGUUCGCAGACCUUGCGGGAGAAAACCAAGCCGGUCAGCAAGAAGUGCCGCUUUCCCGAUGAGUUGGAUACAAAUAAGAAACUGAAAAAACCCUCCUCACGGGGGAAGAGAGGCAGCAGCUUGCAGCCGGAGUCAGGCCUCCAGAGUCGGCAGGCUGGCCUGCACAAAUCCACCAUCCGAUCCCACGGGCAUGGCCGAGAGGUUGUGGUGGCCAAGCCUAAACACAAGCGGGCUGACUACCGCCGGUGGAAGUCAUCGGCGGAGAUUUCCUACGAGGAGGCCCUACGGAGGGCGAGGAGGAACCGGCGGGAAGGCGUGGGUGUCUACUCGCAAGUCCCCCUGCCCUACGUCAGCCCGUACGCCUAUGUGGCCAGCGACUCGGAGUACUCGGCGGAGUGCGAGUCCUUGUUCCACUCCACCGUGGUGGACACGAGCGAGGACGAGCAGAGCAACUACACGACAAACUGCUUUGGAGACAGUGAGUCGAGCCUGAGCGAGGUGGAGUUCGUAGGGGAGAGCACGACCACCAGCGACUCUGAUGAGAGUGGGGGCCUUAUUUGGUCUCAGUUUGUCCAGACGCUCCCCAUCCAAACGGUCACGGCGCCGGAGCUGCAUGAAAAUGCAGCGAAGGCCUUUGUCAAAAUCAAAGCCUCCCAUAACCUCAAGAAGAAAAUCCUCCGCUUUCGGUCGGGCUCUCUGAAGCUCAUGACAACCGUCUAGUGAGGUGACUUGGUGGAAUGUAUCUGCUUCUGCUUUCGGAAGCAAGGUGCUUUUGUGUACAUAUUUCCACAGAUUUUUUUUUUUUUUAUACAAAUAUUUAAAACUUAAGGUAAAUUAUGUCACUUGUCUUCAGAACUUGGGUGGACACUAGUGCCUUUUACGUGGAAAUAAAAGACCAUCAUACUCGUUUAAAAAAGAAACAAAACCAUAACACUGCCGUUUCAGUGGUGAACAGCCUCCAGUGCAUGGUAUCAGAAGGCUUUGAAAAAAGGCUAAUGUUUCUGGGAAUGGAUCUUCCUUGCCUAGUUUUUCCAGUUCUGGGUCUUAUACAGGAUAUCGACAGCUUAAGGUCAUAAAUUUUUAGGGGAUAAGGGGGAGGGAGUGCGGGUGGUCUUCAUGUUUUUGCUUGUCCCUUUCUGCUGCUCCUGUUGCCCAUCUUGAACUUCUUCCUCCUGGUAGUCCGGCCUGUUUUUUUUUCUUUUCUUGUUGAUUCUCUUCUUGAAACUCACCCCUGUCCUCCCGCAGCCUUCCCCCACCAGGAAAGGGCUCCUGUUUAAUCUGUCUCUAAGGUUAAGUCGCCUUCUCUGGAGUGCACUCUGCUCUGAUCUCCUGGGAGUCCCGCUGCGGACAGCAGUGGUGUUCAGAGUAAACUGUUGGAGCAGCUGACCAAGGCUUAGUAACUUCAGUAUAUUGUGUAAAACUGCUUUUGGAAAAGAAAAAAAAAAACAUAUGCAUGUCAUGUGCAUGAGUAUCAGUAGUUUUAAUAUUCCUGUUGAUGUCCAAUUUACUGUACAUCAUCAAUGGCUGUUUUUAUAUAUAUAUCAUUGUGUAAAUUAAUAUAACACAUCAUAUGCUGUAAUAAACAG